GAAGUGAAUAUGAAUAAUUUUUUCAGCUAUUUAUCUAAAAAUGAAUAAUCUCAAAAUCAAUCACUGAUGAUAUCUCAAAUAUAUCUUUGAGCGAAAUCAAAAUUUAACCUGAAAAAUUUGUCAAUGAUCUGAAUGUCAAAAUGUCAUUGACAUCUGGUUUCUGUUUAUUUUGAAAGUGAAAGUGGAAUUUGAAUUAAAUCUGAACUGAAUGAAAUUGAUGAAUUAGCUUGUUAGCUUUGCUAUGAAUAUAUUUUGGCAUGAUAUCUAAAAUAUGAAAAAUCUGUUAUGACAGGAAAUACGUGAAUAUGACUCGUGAGGGUUUAUUCUGCAUUGCGUAAGAUAUAUUUUACGAUCAGCGUUCCACUUUAUACUCAAAGGCCGUAUAUUUAUAAAUAUUCGAGUUGCUUUAAUUUUUACUGUGAAAUGGAUUAUAAGGUAAUUUCAGAAAUAUAUAACGAAUUUGAUUAUACCACUUCAAUAAAACCUAUUGUCAACAAAGAAAAUGUAGUAUCCACAUUCAAAUUCAAAUGUCCUCCUGAAAAACCCAAAAGUGAUAAAGACGGGGAUUUAAUUGUUUCUAGAAAAUCAAAGGAAAAUUUCAGAAUAAUCCAAAUUGAGCAUAGCAGAUGUACAGAUUUAGAUUUAGUUGGAUUACAGAUGUGGAGAGGAUCAUUAUUACUUGCAGAUUGGUUGAUAAGCAAUGCAGAUAAAUUUCCCAAAGACUCUUAUAUACUGGAAUUAUCAGGUGGUGUAGGAUUUACUGCCAUAGUAGCAUCUAUGUACUAUCCAGUAAUUUGCACAGAUGUUGAGAAAGGCGACCUAUUUCAGUUGCUGAACAGUAACAUCAAGAGAAACCAACAUCUAGUUAAAAAUCAAAUUCAUAUUUUGAAUUUUGAUUUUUUCACACAGAUAAUACCUAAUUUUGUCGUAGAAAAUUUUGAUAAAAUAUCAGUCAUACUUGCUGCUGAAGUUAUAUACGACGAUGAGCUUACUGAUGCAUUCAUAAAAACAGUGGAACAUAUUCUGAAUGUUAGCUCUUCUGAGAAAGUUGUGUAUUUAACAUUUGAAAGAAGAUAUGUCUUCACCAUAGAGGAUUGUGAUUCAGUUGCCCCGUGCUUCGAGCAUUUCCUAAGACAAAUUCACUCUUCAAAAUUAUGCUACCAGGAAGUUCCUAUAGAUUUUCCACAGUACUUUCAGUAUGAUCGGAUAAAGCAAAUGGUUUUUUGCAAAUUGAGCUUAAGGAAAUGAUGCUUUUUUUAGAUAUCAAAGGACAAUCAUCAGCAUCAAAACAAACUUCAACAGAUCAAAAGGCUCUAAAUAAGACCAAAAAAUUCAGUUUAAAAUAUAUUUCAAUCACUCUAAUUAUAAUGUACAUAAUGUAUAAAAUGAACAUGUAAAUAAUAAUAUAUACAAUUCAAGGUUU